GUUUUUUGGCUCAACCACUCCUAAUCUCAGACGACAAUUAAAUGGUCAAGAUAAAUUAAAAGUCACUCCGAUGACUUCAGGGAAUUUAACACAACCGCAAUCUUCAUCUUCAUCCACGCCAAUUAAUUCUUUAUCGUCAUCACUUGAAGCAAUUUCCAUCACUGAACUAGAACUAGAAUUGAUCUACUUUCAAAUACCAAUCCCCGAGAAUAGAAUUGAGAUCGCACACAAAGCCGGUGGCGAAUUAUUAGAUGAAUUCGCAGUUGCGAUAGAAGAUUUAAUUUGUGCUGCAAUCGCGAAAUUGGUAGAUAGAAUAGCAAUUACAUUUCAUCGUGACGGUUCACCAAUGGAGUGUGCGUUUGCAAUCGCAGGAGACGAAAAGCUUCGACAAUUCAGCGUAAAUGGAUACUGCAUCAUUAAUUAUUUUUGUGAAGAUUUGAAAAAAUACUUGGAAAGUGUGUUUCCUCGAAUGUUAUUGAAGUUAGAUUGGGGUGUCAACUAUAAAACCUUGACGAUGAGCAUGAGCUAUUUGUUUACAAGGAAAGAGAUUCAGAAACACACUGCCGCUUUCACUAAUACUUCAGCCUCAGCUGGAGUAGCAACUCAAUCUUUAGAUUCAAAUGGUCCAAAUGGUAGUGGAAGAAGUAGUAGCGCAA